AUGGGGAGAAAGAUCGAGCCUCUGACGGGGCCGAGGGAGGGGGGCACACGCGUCACCAUUGAGGGGGAGAACCUGGGGCUGCAGGUGAAGGAGAUCUCCCACGUCCAGGUGGCGGGCGUCAGGUGCACGCCGGUCCCUACGCAGUACAUCAGCGCCGAGAGUGGGAGCACUUUGAUCACGGUGACUGGGACCAAUCUCAUGACCAUUCAGGACCCCAAAGUCCGGGCCAAGUACGGAGGAGUCGAAACCACCAACGGAAAGAACCUGGUCCCUGCGGCUCCGGGAAACUCUCGUCUGAAUUAUACGGUUCUGAUCGGAGACUCUCCCUGUGUCCUCACGGUGUCGGAGAGCCAGCUGCUGUGCGACUCGCCCGACCUCACGGGGGAGCACAAAGUCCAGGUUAUGUUCAAAGCCAAAGCAAAGUAUUCCCCUGAACUUAAUAAGUACAAGUCAAAGACAAACUGCUGGACACUGUUUUUACAAGGCAUCCCCUUCUCCCUGAGACCUCAGGCCGACGACAUGGACCUGGUACACUGUACAAAAUUGUGGCAUCUGGUGAAAAACCAUGAACACAGCGACCAGAGAGAAGGCGACAGAGGCAGCAAGAUGGUGUCCGAGAUUUACCUCACAAGACUGCUAGCUACAAAGAUCUUGACGUCGUUGGACAGAGACGGUUAUUGUCGCAAACACAAACUGAGGCACAAACUGGAGCAAGCCAUUAACCUGAUGUCGGGGAGCAGCUGA